GGGAAAUAAAGGACAUCCAUCGCUCCAACAAUUGAUUGAGAAUUUGAGAAUUAUUUAGAAAGAACAACAUGAUUUAAAUUUCAAAUUCGUGGUAGCUUUAUUAUAUUGAACAAAAGUCUGGCAACAACAAAAUUGUGUUAAGAAGAAAGAAUUAAAGUACAUAUCGAAGUAAUUUGCAGAGAAAAUACAUAAAAGUCGGAAAACUAAGCAUUGCAAAAGAAAAUAUAUAGUUAAGAUUUAAGAAAAUAAAAUAAGAAUGGGGAGCAUCGAUAAAGCUUGUAUAUCAGGUUUUCUAUGUCGUCUAUGUUCGGAAAUGCAUCGAAUUGUAAUCCAUAUAUACGGUGAUCAGGGACAGCGCCUUUGUCUGGUUGAAAAAAUAAAUGGCUAUCUGCCUAUCACGAUCUCACCAACUGAUCCGCUGCCCAAGACCAUUUGCACAACAUGUUUGCGACGUGUAGAACAGCACUAUGAUCUUUUGAUGCGCUUGUCAAGAAUUAAAGAAGAACGAUUUCUACGUGUUAACAACAAACAGCGACCCCGUGCUUCAUCAAUCUCAAGUAUUGAAAAUUCGGAAGAUGAAGUUUAUCAAAGUGAUGAUGAGUCCCGUCGGCGACGUCAACAACUAGAUAUUCCUACCCAAAGACAGUUGCAACAAACACAACAAAAUCUUUUAUCAACGCCAGCAGCAUCGGCUGCACUUUCGUUAAUUUCAGAAACAACUGCUGCUGGAUCUUUUUCCAGAACUAGUUCAAUGAAUACCGCCGCAUCUAGCGCCAAUGAUGCCGGUAAUGGCGACGAUGAUGUUGACGAUGACGACAGUCGUGCAAGUACAAGUGCUUUGUCAGCAAUUGUCCCAAAUUUUACUGCUGUAAAUGAUACAAAUAUUGGCGAUUCGUCUUCAUCAUCAUCAUCGUCUACUCAUCCACUUUCUGUUGAAGCUGGCAACAGUUUUGGCAUUGUUUUGCAACAGCAAUCUGACUGAUGUUAUUAAUUAAGACGACUAAGGACGUUACACGUUAAUAAUUAGUAAUACAUUAUUAAUGAAUAUAACGUAAUUGGAUAUACAUAAGUGAUCAUCAAAAACCCUUUCCUCCUCACAACUUUCCAUUCUUACCUUACUGAAGUUCACCAUAAAUUAUUAUUAAAGAAAUACAACAAAUAGCCAUAUUAAUAAUUGAAUAA